GUUUCAUUUUUAGCUUUUGGAUAAAGCAAAGCAUACGCGGAAGGUGCCUGAACAAAAUGCUGGCUUUUCUCUUGAUUGUUUCUUUUCAUGAAGUCAUCCUUGGCGCAGACGAACAUGCAUUCCAGCAGUUCAUUGAGUGUGCGUUUAACAGCCAAGGGCAAGUAGACCGCUCAUGGAGAUAUGGGUAUGAUGGCAAAGACGUCAUGCAUGUGGAUUUGGCGACUGAAACUGUGGUCGGGACCAGUGAACCUGGCAAACGUUUAGCAGAAGAACGAAAAAGCACAGAGUACAUUAGGAGGAAAGAAGAAAAACUAAAGAUUGUGUGCUCUGCUGUGAAAACGGUCUUCCUAAAGUCUAACAAUACACUGUCCAGGGCAGCAAAACCAACAGUGCUUUUAUUGUCUAAUGGAGGUCAGGGUCAGGAAUAUCUCAAGUGUGUUGUGCGUGGCUUCUAUCCAAAUGUCAUCCGAGUGCGUUGGACCCAAAAGGGAAAGCCAAUCUUUUUCGGUGUGUCGACUACUGGAACACUUCCUCACACUGACGGCACGUUUCAGAUGACCUCCUAUCUCAGCCUCGGUAAUAUGACAGCCCAUGGUGUUACCUGUGAGAUUGAACACUUGAGCAUUGAUGGGAAACUGAGGAAAAACUAUGGGGAUAAUCCAUGGAUUCUGUCACAAAUCACAGUGGCAGUGGUUGCUUUUAUUCUUGGAUUUGUGUGCACAAUUGCGGUAAUAUUUGUUUGGAAAAGGCACCAAACAACAAAAUCACAUGAUGAUGAGACAAAUGGCGCAAGUGACGAAUCAGAAGCAUCUUUAUCUUUGAAUGUAAUGAAUAUUUCUCAGGAAACAUAAACAAUUCUUCUUUUUCUUCUGAUUAUGGGCACAAACAGACUUUAUUUUUAUAGAUGUGUAUUAAGAUACACCUGAUUUGUUUCUCAGUGAGCAAUAAAAUACUAUUGUGAUGCCUG